AUGACUGUGAACUUCACGGAUGAGGAGUGGAGGCUGCUAGAUUCUGGCCAGAAGGCCUUCUGCAGAGACGUCAUGCAGGAGAUUGCUGGGAAUAUGGCUGCCUUGGAUGAUGUAUCUGUGAAUGAGAACGACAAGCAGGGAAGGUUAAAUCUACUCCAAAUAGUGAAGAAUGAAUUACAAGAAGAUCAGAGGGAAAUGAGAAAUUGUGGGGGAGAUUCCAGUCUGAGCAAAAAGAGGAAAUUGUGCAUACAGUGUGGAAAAUAUUUCUAUAGCAAAGGUAAUUUUAAUCGCCACCAAAAAAUCCACACUGGGGAGAGACCAUAUAAGUGCAUGGAAUGUGGAAUGACUUUUACUAGGAAUGGAAAUCUUAAGCGUCACGAAAUGAUGCACUCUGGGAAGAGACCAUAUAAAUGCAUGGAAUGUGGAAAGACCUUUACCCGAAAAGGAUGUCUUAAUCUUCAUAAAAGGACGCACACUGGAGAGAGAUCAUAUGAAUGCAUGGAAUGUGGAAAGAUCUUUAUCCAGAAAGGACAUUUUAGUCUUCAUCAAAGGAUCCAUACUGGGGAGAGACCGUAUAAAUGCACAGAAUGUGGAAAGAGUUUCAUUUGCAACAAUAAACUUAAUCGCCACCAAAAGAUUCACACCAUGGAGAGACCACAUAAAUGCAUGAAAUGUGGAAUGACCUUUACAUGGAAAGAACAUCUUAAUCUCCACCAAAAGAUCCACACAGGGAAGAUACCAUAUAAAUGCAUGGAAUGUGGAAAGACCUUUAUCAAGAAUGUACAUCUUAAUCUUCAUCAAAGGAUCCAUACUGGGGAGAGACCAUAUAAAUGCACGAAAUGUGGAAUGGCCUUUACCAGGAAUGGAAAUCUUAAUCGAUAUCUUAAACUUCAUAAAAGGAUCCAUACUGGGGAGAGACCAUAUAAAUGCACGAAAUGUGGAAUGACCUUUACCAGGAAUGGAAAUCUUAAUCGUCACAAAAAGAUGCACUCUGGGGAGAGACCAUAUAAAUGCACAGAAUGUGGAAAGAGCUUCAUUAGCAAGAAUAGACUUAAUUGCCACCAGAAGAUUCACAUUGGGGAGCAAUCAUAUAAAUGCAUGGAAUGUGGAAAGAUCUUUACCCGAAAAGGAUAUCUUAAACUUCAUAAAAGGAUGCAUACUGGAGAGAGAUCAUAUAAAUGCAUGGAAUGUGGAAAGACCUUUAUCCAUAAAGGAAAAUUUAAUCUUCAUCAAAGGAUCCAUACUGGGGAGAGGCCAUAUAAAUGCACAAAAUGUGGAAUGAGCUUUACCAGGAAUGGAAAUCUUAAUCGUCACGAAAAGAUGCACUUUGGGGAGAGACCAUAUAAAUGCACAGACUGUGGAAAGAGCUUCAUUAGCAAGAAUAGACUUAACCUCCACCAAAAGAUUCACACUGGGGAGCAAUCAUAUAAAUCCAUGUAA